UGAUCAUCCAUGUUUUUCAAAAUAAACAAAAAUGAGGUUAUAAAAAAAUAUGUGGCAGUGGACACUGACAUAUUUAUAUUUACAUUUUAGAAGUUGGAAUGGAAAUAAUAAUCCUGCCUCCAUGUUAGAAAUGUUGGUAUUGAGCUGUUGAGUUUUGAUAAUUAUUGUACCUCAACCAUUUUUUUGCUAAAAAAUUAAUAUUAGAAAUUACUCAGAAGGUAUGACGGAAUUAAAAUAUGCGGAACUACAAAAGAGCUACCAGCUGGAGCUUAAAAAACUUGAAAAGGAAGAGGAAACUUUGGUUGAUGAGCUGAAUAAUAUGCUAAAUCAGAAAACUUUUCUCGAAGAUAAGAUCAAAGGUUUAGCCAAGUUAUUACCUACCUUAAAAGUUAUUAAACAUGAAGCUCAAGAUUUAGUUAACACUGUCAAUAAUAUAUCAGAUUCGUCUGAGAAGAUAAGCGGGAAUAUUCGGUCAUUAGACAAUGCCAGGAGUAGAGUAGAAGAGUGCCAAGCUAGGGUAAGUGAUCUAAUAGAUCUCGAAAUUUGCUCACAAGGAGUCCAAACUGCUAUUUUGGACUCUGAUUAUGAAAAAGGAGCUGCACAUGUCCAUCGUUUUCUUUCAAUGGAUCAAUCUUUACUAAAACGAACUGCUAAUGAUAUGGAUAAUAUCUCAAACAUGUUAAAAUCAGUAAGAACUUUGCAGGACGCUGCUAGUCAAUUAAGAGCCAUAGUUACACAUAAGUUCACAGAAGCUGUUAAUGCAGAGGAUUUGGUGUCUAUUGAACGUUUUUUCAAAAUUUUUCCAUUGCUAGGUUUGCAUGAAGAGGGCAUUAAAGAGUUUUGUACUUAUUUGAGGACCAAAGUAGCUGCAGCUGCUGAUAAAAAUUUAAAAUCUGCUGUAAGCACUCCACCAUCAGAUAAAAGACACACUAUAGUUUAUGCUGAUACUCUUACAUUACUCUAUGAAGGUUUAGCUCGUAUUACAGACACCCAUCAACCUUUAAUUGAAACUUACUAUGGUCCAGGUAGACUUUUGGCUGCUAUUUCAAUUCUACAAAAAGAAUGUGACAUACAAACUAAACGAGUUUUGUUGGAAUGGGGUAAAACUAGGCAGAUUAAUAAAAAAAAUCAAAUGAUCAAUGAAUUAUCAAGGAUGAGUAGCAGUUCCAGUUUCAAUAAACUUGAAAAAAUCGAACCUAAAGAUUUGGAUAUUUUGAUUGUUGAGAUCACUUUGAUGCAUUUUAGGAUUGAGCUGUACAACAGAUUUAUUCAGAGAAAAAUUACAUCUGAUGCAGAGGUAGGCAUUCCAAAUCAAGAUGACAGAAAUAAUAUUCUAAAAUCUCUUGAACAGUUAAUAAAAAACAGCGACUUGAGUCAAUGUAAGCACGAAUUAUUGUCUCACUAUUUGAGACUUGAACAGUAUUACAUGGAAGAAUCGGUAGCAAAAGCAAUAGCUAUGGACAGCGUUGAAAUGGGCCAGCAAACAUCAAGUAUGGUGGAUGAUACUUUUUUCAUUAUAAGAAAAUGCAUAAGGAGAUCUGUAUCGACGGGAUCACUAGAUGGUAUUUGCGUGAUCAUCAACAACGCUUGCAGGGUCCUAGAAAGCGAUUUUGGAGAGGUAUUAAGAGGUAGACUGAGGCAAGGCUAUCCUUCGGGAUAUUUAGAUCUCACUCAAGCUUAUAAUGUACUACAAACUUCGAUUCAACAAGGAAGAUUGCAAUCUGGAGAUACCGAACAGUCCAGAUUGGCGUUCCUCGUAGCUCUCAAUAAUGCUGACAGUAGCACAGAAUACGUUGAUGCUUUGUGCGAUAAUGUAUUGAAAGAAAUCGAACAAGCAUUACCGAAUUUAAACAGCAAUGAAAGAGGUAAAUUAGAGAGCUGUCUUUCCGGUCUGUCGUCGGUUACUACCAAUUUGAAAGAUAUAAUCGAGUAUGGUAUCCAACAGUUGAGAUCUUCCGCCAUUAAACCGAGAAUCAAUCCGUGGGUAGACCAGUUUUUGAAUAUGAGCCACCAUCUCACUGAUGAUGAACUAUCAGCCUAUGAAGCUGGAGAAUCUUUCGUCCAAACUCUGAUUAUGAAUUUAGAAACGUUACUGUCAUCUUUCAAAGAUAUUUUGACGAGCGCUAAUUAUGAUUUACUCACACAAGUGUUGACGGCCGAAGUAACCCAGAGACUGGAAAAAGUGAUCAUGAAAACUACGUUUAAUAGAUUAGGUGGAUUGGUGUUGGACAAGGAGGUGAGGUCAUUGGCUGGUUACAUAACAGCGGCAACUUCUUGGUCCGUGCGCGAUAAGUUCGCCAGAUUGACUCAGAUAGCUACUAUAUUAAAUUUGGAACAAGUCAACGAGAUAUACGAUUAUUGGGGCAGCCAUGAUGGAGCUCUGACUUGGAGGUUAACGCCAACUGAGUUGCGGAAUAUCAUAGCAUUGAGGACUGACUUUAAAGUUGAAGAAAUACGAAGACUCAAGUUGUAAAAAUGUUGUUACUUUUAUUGUACAAAUUUUGUAAUAUAUAUUUUUAAAUGACA